CCACCACCCCCUGGACCCCUUCCACCCCAGGAAGCCUGUAUCCCUCCACUGCUCCCCUCAGCAAACUCCCUCUGCAGUUCUCUCUUCUGGUGGACUCUCCUGCUCCCUCUUGCGAUGAGGGAAUGUACCUGCCCAGGUUCCUGCAUCCGACACCACACAACGGAGAGCAUCUCCACGCCGAGGUCAACAAAGAGCUGGAGAUCAGGAUCAAGGCCGAGGCUAUAUACUCAACGAUUAAUGAUGUCAUCGUCAGUGGACCUCUGAACAUCACCAAUCACAUGACUACCCAAGGGGAGUUUGUCAUCCGGUGGACACCCAUCCGGGACAAUCUGGGGGAGUAUUUCCCCAUUUGCUUCAUCACUGAGGGGCUAUCCGGAUCUAGCGUCUAUCAGUCUGAGAUGAGAUGUGUUGUGGUGGAGGUCGGACGCAGAAAUGUCAAAGCCAAGGUGGUGUGUGACGAGACCAAGAUGACAGUAGAAGUGGAGAAGUCCUCUGUUACUGGAAUUCAUGAGGACCAUCUCCGCCUCAACGAUCCCAGUAACUCUGCCUGCGACCUGCAACGCCUCUCCAACAGCACCCACAUCAUUGUAGUCAUCCCCCUCAAUGCCUGUGGCACUCAGAUAGAGGAGGACGACGACAACCUCAUCUUCAAGAACGAAAUCACCACCUUCGACAACCCCAACGAUAUCAUCACCAGGCACCACCAGGUGGAGAUUCAGUUCUACUGCCAGUACGCCAAACGCGGCAACGUGUCUCUGGGCUUCACGGCACACAGGGACAGCGUCACGGUCGUGGAGAAAGGCUUCGGCACGUUCACCUACCAAUUUGAGUUCUACCAGACCAGCCAGUUCACCAAUAUGGUGGAUCCCCGUGACUACCCGUUAGACGUGGUGGUGAAGCAGAUGAUCUACAUGGACAUCGAGGCCGUGUCCACUGUGAAUAACACUGAGCUCUUCGUGGAGUCCUGCAGAGCGACGCCGUACGACAACCCCAACUACCACCCCACCUACUCCAUCAUAGAAAACGGGUGCAAUGUGGACGAGACGGUUCAAAUCUUCUCACCCCGUCACCAGAGGCAUUUCCAGUUCGGAAUGGAAGCUUUCAAAUUCAUCGGACUGCACGACCAGGUGUACAUCAGCUGUUCAGUGAUCCUGUGUGAGGCUGGGAACCCCAACACCCGGUGUGCCCAGGGCUGCGUCAACUCCACCUCCCCCAGCCUGAUGGCCACCAACCGCAAGAGAGAGGCCGCCAUGCAAACGGCCAAGCACCACAUCUCCCAGGGUCCUUUGCGCCUGAGAAGGCGUUCAGAGAGCUCAGGUAACGGCUGUAGCUUGACCAACAUGAACAUGGUGUUGAUGGCUGGGUGUAUCGUAGCAGCCGUUGCCAUGCUGUGCGGAGUGAUGCUCUACAAGGCCAAAACAUCAGGGGUUAAAUACCAACCCCUGACAGCAUUUGAGACUUAGUCCGAUGGCAGCCGUCCUUUCACAUGUAGCCUGCACUAUAUAAAGAAGGAUGGUGGGAAAUAUAGAUCAUUUGAAAAGUGGUCUCUGACUUUUACAAUGAAACGUCUCUUGGGAUCAAUACAAGAAUAUACAUUAAUCCGUAAAAAACGUACUUAGCAGUAACUCCAAUUAUAACAUGUGUCUUGGCUGACCAAGUGAAACGUUAUUGAUAGCCACUCGAGCUACCAGCGGGAUUGCACGCGUUCAUAUAUGACAGGAGGCUGCUGAGGGGAGCACAGCUCAUAAUAAUGUCUGGAAUGGAGCGAACGGUAUUUGAUACCAUUCCACUCAUUUCACUCCAGCCAUUACCAUGGGCCCCCCGUGCUCCCCAAUUAAAGGUGCCACCAACCUGCUGUGAGAUGUAGCCUAGCCUAUAUGCAUGUGACCCAUAUAGUGCCCUCUAGUGUACAGAUGAGGUGCAACAUACAAAGACAGAAAACCUAUUAACCACACAACAACCAUAUAAGUAGGCCCAAAUGGCUCCUACGACUUGUUUUAACAGUUAAAUGCCUGGUUCUUAUUAUUAUCUGUAUUGGGAUGUGGGGAUAGUAAUGUAAUACUGGGAGUUGACAUGUUCUG